GUUUCGGCCGCUCAGCCGCUGGAAGAAGCCCCGCCGCGAAGAUGGUGUCUGUGCUGCCGCGGGUGGAGAGGCUGUCGUCGCGGGUUGUCCGCGUGCUGGGCUGCAACCCGGGGCCGAUGACCUUGCAGGGCACCAACACCUACCUGGUAGGGACCGGCCCCAGGUACGUAGCAGCCCCCGCCGACCUCCCCAGGAGGGACCGGCAGAAGAGAGUGGCUUAUAGUUCCCUUUUACCCUGAUGCUAAAGUAGCGAUUUGGAGCUGGCUUCGGAUAACUGUUUCAUGGGCAGGGCUUCCUUUGCCCGUAAUAGCUGCAUAGGCAGGCAGAAAUUCAACAGGUGGGGAUUCUUCCUCACCAGAGUAGGCAUGUGUGUAUCUAUACAUAUACAUGUGUGUUUGUGUGAGUGCAUAAGGUAAAAAGGUAAAGGUAAAGGACCCCUGGACGAUUAAGUCCAGUCAAAGGCAACUAUGGGGUGCAGCGCUCAUCUCGCUUCAGACCGAGGGAGCCGGCGUUUGUCCACAGACAGCUUUCUGGGUCGUGUGGCCAGCGUGACCAAACUGCUUCUGGCGCAACGGAAUACCGUGACAGAAACCACACAAAAACACAGUUUACCUUCCCACUGCGGCAGUACUUAUUUAUCUACUUGCACUGAUGUGCUUUCAAACUGCUAGGUUGGCAGGAGCUGGGACAGAACAACGGGAGCUCACCCGUUGCGGGAUUCAAACUGCCGACCUUCUGAUCGGCAAGCCCAAGAGGCUCAGUGGUUUACACCACAGCACCACCCACGCAUACAUACCUUUGUGAGCACAUAAAUACACACACACACACAUUUAUGUAGUGAGCCCCCCAUGUUUCACGAGUUCAGUUGGUACGGCGCAUGCACUGCCUGCAGAAGGUCCAAGGUUCAAACCUCAGGUAUCUCCAGGUAGGAUUAGGAAAGAUCCACAAUGAGAUCUCUGCUGCUGCUGCCAGUCAGUGAAUACUGACAGGCAUCAUUUUAUUUGUAUGCUGCCUUUCCACUGUUCAAACCAUUAUCAAGGUGGUGGCUUUCAACAUGAAAAGAAUGCAUAACUGCAACAUAACAAAAGUCAUAAACAAACAAAACAAUAAAAAAUAUUCCACCAAACUGAAGAGUUACCACAUAAAUCAGGACAAGAUCUCAAAUAAAGAUACUGUACCAAAAAAACCAGUAACAGCGCGCGCACACACACACCCCGCAACAAAAAACCCCAAACAACAUCGCAGCCCAAGAGUCUGGUCAGCAGCCUCAUCUUUGGUAGCUGGAGUCAGUCUGGGCCCUGCCUUCCCAGGCCAGGUAAGAAAAGGCCUACAGGGCAAGGAGCAGGUAUUUCAGGACUUGCAGCCAAGAUGCGCUGAGGACUGAGAUAAAGGGUCUCAUUAGAUGUAAAGCAGCUGCAGGUGUUGUGAAAAAGGCAGAAGACCUGCCAAGUGAGAAGAGGGAACCUUUCUUUAUUUUUGAGAAAUGAUCCAUCAGGAUUCCCACUUGUGUAAGGAUGCAGUGAUGUUCUGGAGUAAGAAAAAGUUGCUUUCCAUGUCACAGACAUUUUGUACUAGGAUCCAACCUUACUUUUCUAUUAAUUGUGCUUUGACUUUUCCAGUUAUGGUGUCUUUUUUUGGGGGGUGCGAUUCUGUCUUUAAUACAGAAGGAUCCUUAUUGAUACAGGAGAACCAGCUGUCCCUGAAUAUAUUGGCUGUUUGAAACAAGCGUUCAACGAAUUCAGCAUCUCAAUCCAGGAAAUCUUAGUAACACACUGGCACCAAGAUCACACAGGAGGCAUAUCUGAUAUUUGUAAAAACUUUCCCACUAGUAAGCAGUUUCAUUAUUUUUGUUGUUGUCUAAAAUGUCUGUAUUCUGUUUUUUAUACAAAAUGUAUCCAAGCUGUUUUUCAGUACUUUAAUCUGACAUUAAAUACUGUUAAAUAGCAGAAAGAUAAAGUAGGAAGAACAUUUGAAGGCUUGUAUACCAGUGUCUAAUAAAAUUCUUGCUGGUAAACGCUGAAUGCUGGCAACUAACUUCUACAUAGUUGAUUGUUUACUUCACAGGCUAUAAGUAAAACCAGCAAGGUAACUGUUUUUGCAUUAUAAAGUACAUUAGUCUGUGUAGCUAUUUGUAAUUGUUUUUUUAAUACAGUCAAACCUCAGAACUCGAAUGUAAUCUGUUCCAGAAGACCGUUCGACUUCUGAAACGUUUGAGUUCCAAGGUGCAGCUUCCGAUUGGUUGCAAUAGCUUCUUGCACUCAAACGGAAGCCGCUUUGGACGUUCGAAUUCCGAGGAUUGUUUGAAAGCCAGAACACUUACUUCCAGGUUUUUGGCAUUCGGGCAAUGGAGUCGUUCGAGUUCUGAGGUUUAACUGUAUGUGUUUAUUGUUAAUGUUUUAUUGUUAAUUGUUUCAGUACGUUUCAUGGGAAACAGCUCAUGAAGUGAAAACAAGACUGCUUUGCUAUGCUUAUAAAGUCAGGAAAUUUAACUUGCGCAUUUUAAAUUGGCCAGACCUCUUGCAAAGCCAUUUCUUUGCAUGCUUACUCAUAAAAACUGUUUCUCUUGUUAGCAUCAUAAUGGUAUAGAAAGUUGCCCUGGGCAACUAAGUGUGUGUGCGUCUAUAUCCUUUAUCUGUCAACCCAUCACUACCAAAUGUAUGCCAUUCUUUUCAACCCAAAUGUAAAGUGUAUAGGGCAGCUUGUUGGCAAGGCAUUGCUUGGUCGUUAUGGCCGCCAAGUUGCCAUUAGUUUUAACAUUACCCCUAACCUGCAGAAGAAGAAGAAAAACUAAGAGACAGUGUGGGUGCAUGGAAGGCAAGGGCCCUUCCAGAUUGGUGGAGUUUUUCACAGGUGUCUUUUUGCAAUAUGUCAUUGACAGAGUCAUAGUGCAUUAGUCCACACAUAAUUUCAUUAGUAGUUCUUCAAUGGUUCCCAAGCAUUACUGCAUUAUUGCCAUCUGUGGGGAGCAUUUGGGGUCUCUCCAGAUGCUCUUUCUGUUGUGCAUUCCUGAUCUACGUUCAUGAUGGUACCAGGAUAAUUGUAUGCAAUCCUGCUUUCAGUACUGUUUGCUUCUGCAAAAGUUCUGAGGUGGUCAAACUGCUUCACUUGGAAUCGGUGUAUGUCCUGUAGAUUCCUGCCAAAAUCCUAUUCUAGUGUUUGUUGUGCUGUCGUGCAAGAGUGCCCCUACGGACAGCAAUUAUGUGUCGGGGAAGCAUUGCAGAACAACUAGCAAAUUGGAAUGAUGUGUGGCUGAUCCAGUGUAAAUCCAUCACUGAUGCACUAUGACUGAGUCAAUGACGUGUUACAGAAUACACCUGCAAAAACCAGCCCCAGUCUGAAGAGGCCUGAGUGAUAUGAAAAGUUACAGGAUUUCAGCAGGAAGCUACAAAACAUGCACCAUUGGGAGAUGAAGCAGUCUGCCUUUCCAUUAAAGAGAGCAAGAGUCUCCUAAACACACCGGACUCCUGGUUAUUGGCCCAAGCAUCUAAACAAAAGCAGUCAUGUUUCAUACCUGGAUCAGCCCAUUGCCUUGUGCUAAUGUUAGCCCAGGUCCUAUGAAUCAUUUGCCUCUCCUCCUAUAAGCAUUUGCUGGGGCACACUUUAUCCUUAUUUCAUUCCAGAAUCUUUUCAUUCAUUUCUUAAGAGCAAUUUAUAUGACAAAUGUCUGUAAAACAAUGUCAGCAUGCACUUUUGGGAGCAAUGUUACAACAUGUAAAAUAAAGUAAUGCUGCUUUUUUAUUUUUGUGUUUAAAAACUAAGAUACUGUGAUUUUUCAGGAAAUUUCAAAUAAUGUGUGACUAAGCUGCUUCUAAAACAUAUUUAAUGCCACAUUUCUUUUCAAAACUAGCUUCUGAGUACUGCAUAAGCAAACUUCCACGUAACCCACACUCUGAAGAAAUAAUAGGAGAUGGAAAGCAAAAGUAUACAUACCUUAGAGAUGGAGAUCUUUUAAAGACAGAGGGAGCUACUCUGAGGUAACUGAUAACUUCUGCACAUUGACCACUGUAUGAAGAUUUUCUCUUUCACGUGCAAGAUUUUUAAUAUUGGCGCAAUUAUGUAUUUUAUCAUGGUAUUAUCUACUAUAUAUUUUGGAAAGUUGUGUGUAUCUGUGGGUUUGGAUUAGACCCAAACCUGUCUGGGUUCUUGGAUCUUCAGGAAGGCUGCUUUUCCAAGUUCCACAAACAUCACAAGUGCCUUUAGCAGGUACACAAGCCUGUCUCUGUUAAUCUUCCACAGACAAAUGAAAAUUCAUGUUUAGACAGGACUUUGCCUUAUUCAAGUGGUUUUACCUCUACCACAGAUUCUUAACGCUUCAUAUGUUUCAUGCUUUUUAUAUGUAUUUGUAUUUGUUGUCGGAUGCCUUGAGGGCUCUAUUGUGGAAAGGUCAGAUAUGAGUUUAAUAAUCUUCUUUUGUCAAUCUGCAGGGUAUUAUAUACCCCUGGACAUACAGAUGACCACAUGGCUUUACAUCUCCUAGAAGAAAAUGCUAUAUUUUCUGGUGACUGCAUUUUAGGAGAAGGAACAGCAGUCUUUGAAGACCUUUAUGAUUACAUGAAAUCGUUGGAAAAGCUACUAGAAGUGAAAGCUGACUUAAUUUACCCUGGUUAGUUCCACAUUUGACCUGAAUUCAGAACACAUCACUUUUUGACCUCCUCUGGUACAGUUCUUAUGACUAGAACUGCUGUUCAAAAUCCCUAAUGCCUUGCUCUUUAUCACCAGAGCCCUCUGAUCCUUCUGUUGAUUGUUGUCCUUUCAUGGCAGGUUACAGCAAGCAUAGAGAAGGUCUCCUGUGUCUCUUGAAUCCUGUUUACAAUGUGUUUUGUGAUGCUUUAGCUUUCCUACUCAUAAUAAGCUGAAAUUGCAGCCUGAACUUGCACUACAUUUGAUUUUUUAAAAAGCCUUGUGUGUUGCCAGAGUGCAUCCUUGAUUUAUGGGCCUUAUUGCAAAUCAUUUAGGGCAGUAUGCAGUGAAAUAGUCCCAUUAGCACAAGCGCUUCCAGCUGUGCAUUCCCUCUCCUCUCAUUCCCUAAAUUUGUUCUGGGUUUCUCCCCAACACUCUUGGCAAAUGGAAAUCCUUGUGCUAUCAGAACUACUUUGUUGGAUACCGCCCAUAGUUUCCUAGAAUCUAUUGAAAAUUAUUGAGAGGAUACAUAAAAUUUAACUGCCAAAAGGAGAAGAUGCACUGUGGUGCCAUCUCUCUGUGAAUCCUUGUUGAAUGAAACAUAUGGACACAGACUGAUUCGGUGUGUUUUGAUAACUUUUUUGUUGGCUAAUACCUACCUUUGGAAUCUCUGCAGUGCUCAAACUACUGAUGACAAAAUGUCAUACUGAAUGAAAGAAGAGCCUGCUGGAUCAGGUCAAGCAUCCUGUUCUCUUAGUGGCCAACCAGAUGCCUGAUACCUUCAGCUGUCUAGGGAGCUCCUGAUCUCUGCAACUACUUUGUCCUUUUCCUUUGAUGCCCCUUAUGACUAGAACUGCCUCCCAAGAUGCCUUCGUGCAGUCACUUCCCUUAAGUCCCUCCUUGAGAUUAACCUGUUGCAGGAAGCCUCACACUACAUAACUAAGCCAAAAUAUGUGCAAUUUAAGUAAUCACAUACUACUCCUCAACCUACUGAUACCUCUGCUACCCCCUCGCUUCUUCUUUUGUCUCUCAGUGUUUAUUUUACUUGAUAAAUCCAUUGAGGUAGGAAUUGGCUAUACCUGUUCUUUGCAAAUUGCCACAUACAUAGAUAGCACAUGACCAUUUCCUAGGGUAGGUGUGUACUAAUGGUCUGAGUUGUGAAAAGUCCUUUGGCCACUAGAGGGCCAACAUUUUUCUUCACAUUUGACCUAACUGUAUUCAGAGUUCAGUUCUUAAAAGUGACUAUAGAAGAGAUGUUAAAGAUAUGGGGUGGUAUCUGAUGAACUCGGAAGUGGGCCUGUUGAGAUCAAUAGGCAUGGUUUCAGUGAGUCUGCUCUGAAUACGUCUUUGUCUGAUGCCAACCUAAACUGGAAAUCAUAGUAAUAUUAACGUAAAGGCUUUGCUCUUAAACUGUUUUUUGUUUGUUUGUUUGUUUCAAAAUUUUAGUGUUGUGGUGAUCUAAUGCAACUGCUAGGGUGAGAAAGUAAUAAUACCUCUAAACUUACUGGUGCAGACAUGCAGCAAAAUCAGAAGAUACUGGAACCAUACGGGACACCUAUUCCACUUGCUUUGAACAUCAUAAUAACAAAUACUGCAGCAGAAGCAGAGACUGUAAACGUGUAUUGUUGUUGUAGUUUUUCUAUAUUAACCCCUUUUUUCCCCUUACAGGACAUGGCCCAAUAAUAAAAGGGGCAAGAGCUAAAAUUCAAGAGUACAUUUCUCACCGAAAUGCACGGGAACAGCAAAUCCUCAAUGUCUUGAAAGAGAAUGCUGAGAAAUCUUUUACAAGAGAGGAACUUGUGAAAAUGGUAUACAAGGUAGCUGUCUAGCUGACUCUUACUUUUGAAUUAGGAAUAAGAUGUUUAAUUUCGCUAGUAGAAGCAGUCACAAUAAAAUGAAUGGUUCACAAACAUCGUAGUUUCUAUGACAAGGAAAAAGUGACAUGUGUAUGUGUUCACUGUAGCAAGGCAAAUUGGAAGCUGUCCUGUAUCUAAACUUUCUUGUUUUUGUUGGGACAUUAAGAAUUUCAUCAAUUUCCUUUUUUCCCCCAGAACUAAAAUUAUUUUGGCAGACCCUCUUCAGGAAAAGCAGAUCUUCAAACUCUUGCAUUUUAAACAUACAAAAUGCUAAACGAUAAAGAAUAUGUCACAUAUCCAAAAGCAUAUAAGAUGCAGCAUGGAAAUGCAAUUUGUACAAUAUGCUGGUAUUACUGCUAUGUGAUCAAGGCUUCCUAAGCUGAUACACCAGCAAAAAUAUUAGGGACACAGAAGCUGCCUCAUCUCUAGUUAAGAUUGUUGGUCCAUCUAGCUCAGGGUUGUCUACACAGAGCAACAAUGGUAUUCAAGACCUUCAGGCAGGGUUUUUUCUCAAUCCUAACUGGAGAUGCCAGGGGUUCAACCUGGACUUUCCACAUACAAAGCAUAUGAACUUGCUGUUGUUUAGUCGUGUCCGACUCUUCGUGACCCCAUGGACCAGAGCACGCCAGGCACUCCUGUCUUCCACUGCCUCCCGCAGUUUGGUCAGACUCAUGCUGGUAGCUUCGAGAACACUAUCCAACCAUCUCAUCCUCUGUUGUCACCUUCUUCUUGUGCCCUCAAUCUUUCCCAACAUCAGGGUCUUUUCCAGGGAGUCUUCUCUUCUCAUGAGGUGACCAAAGUAUUAGAGCCUCAGCUUCAGGAUCUGUCCUUCCAGUGAGCACUCAGGGCUGAUUUCCUUCAGAAUGGAUAGGUUUGAUUUUCUUGCAGUCCAUGGGACUCUCAAGAGUCUCCUCCAGCACCACAAUUCAAAAGCAUCAAUUCUUCGGCGAUCAGCCUUCUUUAUGGUCCAGCUCUCACUUCCAUACAUCACUACUGGGAAAACCAUAGCUUUAACUAUAUGGACCUUUGUUGGCAAGGUGAUGUCUCUGCUUUUUAAGAUGCUGUCUAGGUUUGUCAUUGCUUUUCUCCCAAGAAGCAGGCGUCUUUUAAUUUCGUGGCUGCUGUCACCAUCUGCACCAUCAUGGAGCCCAAGAAAGUAAUAUCUCUCACUGCCUCCAUUUCUUCCCCUUCUGUUUGCCAGGAGGUGAUGGGCCCAGUAGCCAUGAUCUUGGUCUUUUUGAUGUUGAGCUUCAGACCAUAUUUUGUGCUCUCCUUUUUCACCCUCAUUAAAAGGUUCUUUAAUUCCUUCUCACUUUCUGCCAUCAAGGCUGUGUCAUCUGCAUAUCUGCGGUUGUUGAUAUUUCUUCCGGCAAUCUUAAUUCCGGCUUGGGAUUCAUGCAGCCCAGCCUAGGACCCUUUAUUUAUUUAUUUACUUACUUACUUACUUACUUACUUACUUACUUACCACCCUGUACCUGGAGGUCUCAGGGCAGAUCACAGAACAAAAUCAAAAUAUAAAACCACAAUAUAUAUAUAUAUAUAAUCAAAAUAAAAACAAUAACACAAUAUCAAGCAAUCCAUAGUCUGUUGUCCACUACCAGUUGGCCAGGGAAGAAAAGCAGAAGCUCAGCGGUGUUUUUUAUAUGAUAACUAUAAUUAUGGGAAGAAUACAUUUGCACAGUUCUCUCUCUCUUUCUCUUUCUCUUUCUCUUUCUCUCACACACAGGCUGCUUGAGGACAGUAACAUUAACAUGAUGAAGGCGCUCAUGUACUUAAUACUAUGAACACACACAAGUCUGUAAAAUAAAAUAAUAAUAAUACAUGUGAUUACCAGAUAUUGCGGGGGAAGCUGGAGUAUAAAUAUAAUGACAAUAGCCCAAAUCCAAAUAAUUGUGUAAUUUAUUCUGUGAGUCCAAGGAGGCUUCAGGUUUGUGUUUGGUUCUUUAUAUCUGCCCAUCUCCCCAGUGCUUAAUCGCUUACUGCUUCUGAAACUGAGGGAAAUAUUUAAAUAGCAGUUCGUAAUCUGGUGUGGGGAGGAGUUAUUCGGAGAAAAGAUGUCUGAUUUGGCCACAGUGACACAUGCCUUAGCUAUAUCCUGUUUGGAUUACUGUUAACGUGCUCUUUGUGGGGCUGGCUUUGAAAAGUGCUCAGAACUUCAAUGGAGUCAAAGAGCUGCAGCCAGAUUGUUGACUGGGGCUGGUUAUAGGCAGCAUAUGACUCCCUUGAUACAACAGCUUCACUGGCUACUGGUCUGUUUCCAGGCACUAUUCAAAACAUUGGAAAUGACCUAUAAAGCCCUACACAGCUGAGGUCCAAGCUAUCUGAAAGACCGUAUUCUCUCAUACAAUCCUGCCUAGGUUUUGAAACAUUACAGGGAGGCCCAUCUCUUGGUCUUACCACCCUCACAAGCACAUUUGGUAGGGAUAUAAAAAAUGGCCUUCUCAGUGCCUGCUCCCAGACUUUGGAACUCCCUCCCUAAAGAAGCUAGACUGGCUCCCUCCUUGCUGUCCAUGUUGGCAGGUGAAGUAUUUCUUUCAACAGGCCUUUGGGAAUUGACUGCUUUUAAUCAAAGGGCUGUUGUCGUGCUGUUUUUAUUAUAAUUAUUGGUAUGUUUUAAACAUAUUUUAUAUUUGUAUAUAAUUUUAAUUCUGUUGUAUUUUAAUUUUAAUUAUGGAUUUUUCCUGUGUUUUUAGCGGUUUUUGUUUUUUUCCUGGAAGCUGCCUUGAGUCUUGUCAGGGAAAAAGGCGGAGUAUGAAUAUAUUUUAAUAAUAAUAAUAAAUGUCAAAAAUUACAUUGGGCUAACACAAGCUUCUUGUGUGAGUCUAAGCAGUUCUUUAUUUCCCUGCUAAUAAAUAUAUGAAUAGGUACUACAAUCAAUGCACUUUUUUCCUUUAUCUGUUUGUCAAGAAGAUGGAAACCCCCAAGAGUGCUUUAAUUAGUUCAACAUUUGGCUCUGUUCUGUUCUUUAACUUGGCAUUAGUGUGCUUGUGUGACUUUUUAAAAUCCUGACUGAAAUGAAAUUACCAAGAUGCCAUUUUAAUAGUGUUGCCAUUUAACAGUUCAACCUUAUACAUCUCAACUCAGAAAUAAGACUCUUCUUUUUUUAUCCCAGUUGAACUUCCUUACAGAUAGUGUAUAUAAGACUGCUUCCUAAACGUGUGGUUCAUGUGUUUUUAAUUAUUUUUUCUCUAGGACACACCUGAACACUUGCAUAGAGCUGCAGAGAUUAACCUCGGCCAUCACUUGAAGAAACUAAAAAAAGAAGGGAAAGUGUGUAAGUGGCUUUGUCUUUAACCCACAUCUGUUGUAUUCCAGCAGCAUGUUUAUGAUCCAGUUUUCCAGAAUUUUUCUGUGUUUAAGCCCAGGGGUGGGCAGAAGGUAGAUCUGGAAUGUACUAUUGGAUGCUUGUACAGUGGUACCUCGGGUUACAGACGCUUCAGGUUACAGACUCCACUAACCCAGAAAUAAUACUUCGGGUUAAGAACUUUGCUUCAGGAUGAGAACAGAAAUCGUGCUCCAGCAGAGCGGCAGCAGCGGGAGGCCCCAUUAGCUAAAGUGGUACCUCAGGUUAAGAACAGUUUCUCUGGAACGAAUUAAGUACAUAACCAGAGGUACCACUGUAUACUAUAGCUGUCCAUCAUGCCAAUAAGGCGUUUUUAAUGCAACAAUUCUUUGUUCCCAAAUGAUUAUUUUUUUUUUUGCUUGAAUUCAGAGACCCAGAUCUGCACAGAGCCUUUUGAAUAGUUCUACACUGUGGACACACAUAUUUUAUUUAUUUAAAUCAGGGGUGGCUAACUGUAUUCAGCCCAAGGGUUACAAUGACUGUCAGUCACCUUCCUGAGGGACAUAUGCCAGUAGUGGGUGUGCUCAGUUUUUUCUCGCAUGCACACAUACACACUCCACCCAUACAGAUGGCACAAGCACACUUUCCCGCUCCCCAGCAUUCACACGCAUCCUCACCGCACAUGCUGGCACACAGCACUCUGUUUCAAACACACACACACACACAAAUGCAGUCAUAUAUAUAUAUAUAUACAUAUAUAUAUAUAUAUAUAUAUACACACACACACACGCACGCACACACGUUUGUGCACAAAAAACCCCAGCACUCUUCCUCUCCCAAGUAAGGAAAAGGGUGCUUACAAAGGCAUCCUCGCCCCAGCAAUGGAAUGGGGGAAAUGCUGCCUUUACUUUUUCAUCUCCGCUGCCUUCAUUGGCACCUCAGUCCUAGGUUAUGGGCAUACUGCAUCAAAACAAAGCCCAAGAGAAUUCACUGGAUCAUAAAUAAUUAUAGAACAUCUCUGAACUGUAAAUGUUAAGCUUCCUGCUAUUUAGAAAAACAGCAUUUUGGAACUUUAAUAGAGGAUAACUUGUCAAAAUACUUAAAUGCCUCACUAAUAUUCAAAUAGUUUUAAUGGGCUUUAAAAAAAAUAUUCAGAUUACUGUUUUUUUAAAAAAUCAUAUUCCCAAAUUGAUAAUCUUUGAAAGAUGCAAUAUACUAACAGAAAAAAAUUGAGAUUAAAGUUGUGCUUGUAAAUCACUUUCUGCUUAAUGUCUUGCAUCAAAAAACUUUUGUUUUAAAUAGUAAUGUUUUCAGAUACCAGCUUAUUUAAUAUUUUCUUCUUCUUUUGCAGCAUAUGAAAAUUCUCCCGGCUUCAGAUGGAAAAGCAGUUUAUAGACAAAACACAAAAAUAAGUGUGAGGCUGAUGUUCUUGUGCCCUCCCUCUAAAGAAGCACCAAAUUGUCCACACAAUAUUUUUUUUCUUGGCAAAAGAUAUUUUGAGUACUUCAGCAUAGCGAGAGUAAAUUCAUAAAAUUUGACCAAGUUACUUAAUUCUGUUUUUCAGCAAAAUGAAUAAAGUGCAAUUAUUCACAUAUAAAU